CCGUCUCUAAGCAACGGGAAUAACAGAGGCCCUCUGAGAGCGCCUGCGCGGCGGUCAGUUGUGGGGCGGGGGCGUUUGGUCAGAAAAACUAAGUCCUAGGGUUUCCCCUGAGCAGGAGCGGUCAGCGAGAGCCUCAGGCUUCAAUCCAAGCCCUUGAAUGGCUGGUCUCCAGCUGGCGCCAACUCGGCCUGUGGGCGUUAUGCUGCCAUAUAAUAAAACGGAAGCUUCAGGGCUCCGCUCAACUAAUCAAGACCCUUACGAAAAGGGUGAUUCUUCCCAGCGGACCCCAAUGGGGCACCGGAGGAGAAAUUUCCAGCAGAAGCCUUUAAACAACAAAGAGCUGAUGCUGGAUAACCUCUACACUCACCCCAAAUGGAACACAAAAGCCCGGAGCUACUCCUAUCCCUGCUGUGCUGGAAUUAGCCAGCAAGAUUCAAGAAGCAAUCCCCAGGGCCAAGCAAAGGGUUUGUUUUACUCAUCAGGCCGUCAAUUCCGGUAUCCCAAAGCCAGUAAUCAGGAGUUCAUCCCCUUUACAAAAAAGCAAGUUGGAGUGGACCGGGCAUACCCAUUGAAACCCGUGUUCCAUAGGAAGCCUCACAGUCCAGGCGAGGCUGGCUCUGAUGUGGACCAGAAUGUCUCUCCAAGAUCCCCUCAGCCAAGAGAGUUUUCAUACAGCAGCUUUGGUUCGAGGAACUGGGUGAAUUCAUCUGUGGUUAGUACUGAUGCUGCCCCACAGGAAGAGAGGGCUGUGGUGCAGCCCAGCAGGACUGAGUGGAUGCAGAUCCAAAGACUAGAAGCUGCAGGGGAGAGCUUAGGGGAGGAGAUCCGAAGAAAAGAGACCCUUUUGAAGGCAAAGCUGAAGAAGACAGAGGAGGAACUGAGAAGGAUCCAGAAGGAAAAAGAACAGGAUGAGGAAAAUGAAAAAAGAGAGCUACAGAGAAUGACACUCCCCAGAAGGAGACUUAAAGGUCAUAGCAACGCCAUGUACAAACCUGUCUGCUCCCUGGAAUCCAGGUCUGAGGAGGUCUUUAGUAGAGACAGGGGAGAAGAUGAAACCUGGGGACAGUCUCACAAAAAUUUGAGUCCAUUCCAGUUCUCUAGUCAUGGAAUUCAGAAGCUUAAAAGGGAAAGACUUAUAGCAAGCAAUAAUAAAAUCCGAGACCAAGUCUCAGGGCCAUUGAAAGAGAAGUUUUCUCAGCCUUCAGAGGCACAAGGCAGUGCUUUGCAGGGAUCUACCAGCAAUUCUGGUUUGUCUAGGGCCCCAGACUCCUCAGAUUCCGGCCAUUCCACUGAUGAGCCAGAACUUGGCCAGUGCAGCCACUGUGGACGCAAGUUUCUCUUGCUCAGGCUGGAGAGACACUCCAGCAUCUGCAGCAGGAUGCAGAGUUCCAAGAGGAAAGUGUUUGACUCCUCCAGGGCCCGGGCUAAGGGCACAGAACUAGAGCAGUACUUGAACUGGAAGGGACCAGCCUCUGUCAAGGCUGAACUUCCUCGGAAGAGCAACUGGAGACAGAAGCAUGAAUCUUUCAUCCAUUCCCUUCGUCAGAGUCGAGAGGUCCAGCAGGUAAUUGCCAAAGGUGGACACCCUUCAGACUUGCCUCCCAUCCUGCCUGCAGAAAAUCCAGAUUAUAUUCAGUGCCCUCACUGUAGCCGCCACUUUGCUCCUAAGAUGGCUGAAUGGCACAUUCCCAAGUGUAAGACCAUCAAGAACCAUCCUCCGCCUCCAAGGAAGUAUUACAAUUGAGCAUUCAACAGCAGAAACCUUGAUAGUUUGGGAGGCUCUGGUUCUCUUCAGCACUAAAUGGAAAUAAUUUGAUGCAAAGUGGAAGUAAAACUUUUACAUUCUCAGAUCUGCCUACAGAGAUGAAAUCAGUGAGUAGAGACCAAUUGCUAAGCAGCAGGAGGCAGAUGGAAGCCUCAGCUUCCCAAUAAAUUACCACUUCAGGUUGGCAUGCCUUUUGUUAUUGCCCUAAGAAGUGAUGGGUGAAGACACUUAAAGCGAGCAAGCUACAUUAAAGCUCUCUUCUCACGAGCCUGACUUGUGGUCUGUGCUAGUUAAGUGCCUUCCUGCCACUGCCUCUGCCUGUAUGCCUGUGGUUCCUGUUAACCCUUCUUACUCUUGCAAAGAAGUUGGCUCAUUAGGGUGAGUUGGUGUCAAGAUCAAGGUCACCCAGAUGGUAUCUCUUAUAAAAGAAAAUAUGAUUUUGCUGUAAGGCAAACUGUCUGUCCUUCACCUCCCUUGUGCAUGGUCCUGGCCAAAAACCAAUCUAAGUAUGUGUAAGGUUAGGGCACCAGUGUAUCUUAAACCCUCUCUGUGGUGUGCUAUAUAAUAAAGGGAACCUCAUCUUUAUGUACUUUACAGGGGGAAACACACCAUGUCUCUGCAGUUGUUCUUUUCUAAUGGAUUUCACAUGCCAAAACAGAACAAAACAACUUCAGCUUCAGCUAUUCCUAGCACUCUGCUUUCAGAUCAGGUUGGUUGGAUGGCUUUUUAAAUGAGGCAGCAAAAUCUACUAUCAAAGCAAGCUUGGGACACUGCAGUGUCACAUCCCUGAUGAUGAUGCCACAGUAAACUUCCGUUUUAGAAAGUAAUUUUGAUGGAAAAGAUGCCCUAUCUUUUUAGUUUCUCUGUGCAGAUUUGUGGCUACUCCAAGUACCUUCAUAAUUAGGCCCUCAAUAAAUGGGUUUUGGGACUUAAAAUUAAUGAGUGAGUCCUAGACGUGUUAAGUGAGAGAAAAUUUAAGGUAAUUGUCAGGGUAUAUCAGUGCAGACAGGAUGAAGCUAGCACAACAGAUAAGAAAUAUUGUGGGACUGCUGUCCUGAGAGCAUCACUCAGAUUGUUAGUUUUAAUAUACUGGAGAAAAACCACCCAACCUGACCUGGGCAAAGGGGACUGUGGAAGACAACAAAACAGAAAUAUUUGACCAAGUAACAAAUGGCCACUCACUCUUGACCCAUUUCCGCUGCAGCUUCUGCUGUGUGGCUGGGUUAACAGAUCAGACCACUUUGAAAUGUGAGUUUAAGGCUUUAUAUGUGAAGCUGCAGAAUGCUAGGCUGAAAAAAAAUUAUAUU